AUGCUUGCAAUCGGAAAUCUAUCGUUGAUUUGGCGUUCUUCGCCGGACUUUGAGAUAGCAGACUCGUCGUCCUCGUAUCUGCCGGUGAAGUUUGGUUUUGUGAAGUUGUCCGUGUCCAAUUGCAGAAGCAAAAGCUUGGGGCUGAAUGGGACGGAGCUGAGGUCGAGCGUUUUGGCGUCGAUUAAGGCAAUGGACGUUUCGAGAACGUCUUAUAUUAACGGUGAAGCUGAUAAUAUUCCGGAUUUGCACCAAUCUGAAUGCAAUGUGAACGACGAUGAAUCGAAUGGAGUUUCGGGUAAGACGCUCCGUCAGAUGUCUACGGUCGGAAAGUCCACGAAUAUUGUUUGGCAGAAAUGCUCAGUCGAGAAAAUUGACCGGCAGGAGUUGCUUCAGCAGAAAGGUUGUGUCCUAUGGAUUACAGGUCUCAGUGGUUCAGGAAAGAGCUCUUUGGCAUGUGCUUUAAGUCGAGGCUUGCACUCUAGAGGAAAACUGACUUACAUCCUUGAUGGUGAUAAUGUUCGUCAUGGUCUGAACAGUGAUCUAAGUUUUAAAGCAGAAGAUCGUAGAGAGAACAUACGACGGAUUGGGGAAGUAGCAAAGCUCUUUGCAGAUGCUGGAGUUAUUUGCAUUGCCAGUUUGAUAUCUCCCUACAGGAAGGACCGAGGUGCAUGCCGUGAUAUACUUCCAGAAGGAGAUUUCAUUGAGGUAUUUAUGGAUGUGCCUCUCCAAGUGUGCGAGGCAAGGGACCCUAAGGGCUUGUACAAACUUGCACGAGCUGGAAAGAUUAAAGGAUUUACAGGAAUUGAUGAUCCAUAUGAGCCACCACUUAAUUCUGAGAUAGUUUUACACCAGAACGGAGGGUCCUGUGAUUCCCCAAGUGAAUUGGCUGAAAAGGUGAUUUCUUACUUGGAGGAGAAGGGGUACCUGGAAGGCUAGUUUGUAAAUGCCUCAUCCCUGGCUGUGGAACUUGUGUAUACUGUAAGCUUCAGAAGUGGAAAAAAGCAAAUUUAUCGUGGUAAGGAAACUACUCGUUUCCUGUGUCCACGAUUCAAUCAUAUUUAGUGUUAAAUUAAUUAAUCGAUUGAUUAAUUACUCUCACCCUUCAUUCUUAUGUCAUAUGAGAGGUGAUGUCUGUCUUACCAGUUGUUUGAUUGCCAUAAAUUUGAUAGAACCGUGGGUAAAAACUCAUUGUAGGAUUUGUAUAUUAUAUGAACAGGCUUAUGGUUGUGGAAUAAGAGGUUGC